CCGGCGCCUUCUGGAACUUUCGUGUCGGCGAGGAGCAUCGGUUGGGGCUGGCGCCGGAGCUUGGCGGGCGGGGGGAGGCAGCGCAAUCCAUCUCCAUCGGGGGCUCCAUCGGGGCAUCCGGGGUCAGUCAUGCCGGAGAAUGCGGGCACGAAGGGCGGCCUGGCGGGCGCGGGGAGCCGCAGCUCCGGCGGGAACCGCGGCUCCUACCAGGACCGGGACAAGCCCACCCAGAUCCGCUUCAGCAACAUCUCGGCGGGGAAAGGUAAUGUCGCGGCCCAGGCCGGGGAAGCGCCCCUUGGCCCCAGGCCGCGCGCGGGGGGGGGGGGGGGUGAGCGGCAGGCGCCAUUUUAGCCGGAUGGGCGGCCGGGGGGGGGGGUUCCUAGGCCGCGCCCCGCCCUCCGCCGCCCCUCCACCCCUCGGGGACCGGGCAGCGGCUCCCCUUCCCUCCUUCGCAGGGGGCGCCGUGUGUGGUAUUGGCGCCGUGCAGAAUCCAUUGAACGUGUCUGGGAACAUAACAUAGGGGGCUAUUGCUUUGUUUAGUUUUUCUUCUUGCUUUUAUUAUGUGCUUUGUAUUCUGCAUUUUUGUGCUGGAAGCCGCCCUGAGAUUUCAGGAGGCAAGGCGGUAUACAAAUUUAAUUAAUAAUAAUAAUAAUGAUGGCAGUAGUAGGAUAAUAACCAAGCAUGCUAGACAGUGAUUUUGCAGAAGUACAUUGUGAUGCAAGUAAUUUAUUUUUCAGCUACAAAUGUACCACUUGUACAUAGUGAUUAAAUAUUGUGUUGUGAAACUUUGGAUGAUAGAUUUAAUUAAUUAAAUAAAUAAAUAAUAAUAAUAAUAAUAAUAAUAAUAAUAUGAGCCUUGCUGGACCAGUAGCCCAUCUAAUCUAGCAUCUUAUUCUCACAGUUGCCAACCAGAUCAGUAUUUUGGGAAUGAUUCAUGUUCUGCAUUGUUUCAUACUUUCUGGAUGUCUCAUGCUCCUGUUAUAAAGGGGUUGUGUUCUGUGUUAUAAAUCAAGCACCGAUAGCAGUUGUGUCUUUUUGUUUUCCAAUGCAUUUCUUAUCAACAAAAAACUUGAUGUGGCAAGUUUAUUCUAAAAGUGUGACCCAGAGGAAAGUUUGAGAACUGCUAAGUUAUGGUGUUAGGAUCAGCACAAAGGUAACCAUGCUGAAGAUUGCUGAAGUCAAUCUUUUGCUGUGUGAGGGGAAAGGAAAGGGGGCAUCUCUUCUGCAAAGCCGGAAGAGCUCCAAAGAUGAAACCGUAUUAACAGUGCAAACACAGCUUGCUGAAUAAAAGCUAUUGGGGGGACCGGACACUUUCUGUGUUGCUCAUUCAUGUGCAUACCUACUCAGAAAUCAGGCCCUUGUUCCCUUACUGUUUGAGACUGCAUGUGCCAUGUACAUAGAUAAUGCUGUAACAAUCACGAAUAAAUUGGAGGUAUGUAUCUUGGUUAUCAGAGCAAAGUAAAUCUAAAUGAACAUAUUGGUGGACUGUGGGCCCCCCGAAUGCUAAUACAGAAUUACAGUGAUCUGAAAUAAGCUUCACCUUUUAUGAAAGGCAUUCCUGUAUUUUGUGUAAGAGAGUUGUCAUUGUAAGAUAGUAACAGCCCAGAGGACUGAGGAAGGCUUUCAUGGACACCAUGGUGCCUUCGUGUAUUGGGCUGGAGAUGGCAGAGUUAACAUGUAUUGAAAACAUCUAAGCAGUGUACAACAAACAUAAAAUCCGGAUAAAUGUAAGAAGACUAAAAGCAGAAAAAGUUGUAAAGAAUUCACCAAUCACAAAGUCAUAAAGAACUGACCAAUCUCAUAAAAUGUGCAUAGAUACCUGGAAAGGCCUGUUGACACCUAGAAGACUUAAAAAGGCAUCUAAACAUAAGCGAAGAAAAUAAAUUUAGGGGGCAUCAUAAGGUUGUCCGGGAACCUGACAUGCCUCAAGAUGUCAGCAAAUACAUUUUAGUGCAGCAGGGAACAGCUCCUCUUGUCCCCAGAGAGAAGGGAAAUUCCCAUAGGUGGUGGUGCUUUCAGUCCCAUCCUCUAUCACCUCCCAGGUCUAGUCGGAGUUUGGCUCCAGACAGGGAUAGAUUUGUAAUGGGAUCAGAGCCCAAGGAAUGCAUGGGGUAGCAUUUCUACUAGCUCCAUCCCAUCAGUUAGUGGUGUCCAUGGCUAGGCUUUCCUGUGCAGCCAGCAGAACCAACUUAGAAUAAUUAGAUGAGCAUCAGAGCUUCAGGGAUCUGCCAUGUGUGGUUGCUGCCUGGAUCAUUCCAAUGUCUGCUGGAAAAUAAAAAUUACAUUUUCACUUUUAUUUUAGCGGUUGCAGAUGCGGUUAGGACAAGCCUUGGACCAAAGGGAAUGGAUAAAAUGGUACGUCUUGAGUGUAUGCCUAUCAUAUUGUGCAUGUAGCAAUUUUUUUAAUGGUGCUUAUGAAUUCUAUAUAAUCCAUUUUCUAAGCUGCUGUGAAGUUAUUUAUUGUUCAUAAACUUUCAGUUGUGUGGGGAAAAGGCUUUGUGAUUAAAUUGUCAUGGAGCAGGUUCCAUGUUGAGUGGAAUGGAUUAUUUUGGUUAGCACUAACUAUACAGGCAGACAAACAUAAAGAGAUUGUGCUGAGAAUGCAAACAAAGUGAGGUUGUUGAAUGGCAAGAUGCUUCAGGCUUUUGAAUAGCGCAAAGGGAGGGCACAUGUUUGGGGAGUGAUAGCCUAAUCAAGGCUCCAAGGUAGGUGUGCUUAGAUGUUGAAGGGCAUGUAUCUGUCACACUUGAUGAACCAGCUUUGCCCUUUACAAACAGACCAGAUCACUGUGAUCAUCUGGAGAAGCCCUCCUCACUGUCCCAGUUUUCACACAUUCAUUUAGCUUCAGCACAAGCCAGAGGUGCUGGCUCAUAGGGGCUGAGAUUUUUUGGGCCCCUUCAGUAUUUUCAGGGAGGGGGCCCAGCCACCCCAAUGUAUGGGGUGCUCUGGUGCAGUGCCUGGCCUCCCUACUGCGGGGUGCCCAGCAGCGCCUGGCCUUCUCACGGCAUCAUAAGUGCACGUCACAUGUUGCACAUGUAACAUCACAAGCAUGCCUUGUGUGCAUGUAGCAUAAGGCAGCCUUCUCAAUCUUCACUGCCAGGUGGCACUGCUGGUACAAGCCAAGGCUUUUAGCGUAGUAAUUUGGAACAUCGUGCCUUUCAAAAUCAGGCACUCUUGGUUUUGUUUUUCUCUUUCUUGAGUUGGUCUACAACGCUUAUGUUUUUUCAGAUCCAAGAUGGCAAAGGAGAUGUAACAAUCACAAAUGAUGGUGCAACAAUUCUGAAGCAGAUGCAGGUCCUUCACCCUGCAGCCAAAAUGGCAAGUAAUAUUUAAAUUAAAUUUCCUGUCAGUCCCCAAGGUGACAUCAAAUCAUGCACAUACAAUCCUCCAAAUUUUUAGCUGUUGUUUAGUUGUUUGUAGAAAACAACAUUGGGCCUAGAAUUUUGUGCAGCUAUAUGUGGAGCUCUUCCUUCUGACGGCAUCUGUCCAAAAAAGAAAUAUACAGGACUGUUACAAUGAUUCAGUACACAUAAUGUUGAUCCUUUUGCAGAAUCUGGGACAUUACACGGCCCCUCCCGAAGAAACAACUGGCAAAAGGGCCACAGAAAACCACUACUGUAAUUGUAAAAUGCUUAUGGUCCACAUAAGCCUGAUAAGCAUUUUUGUUUUGUUUUUUGUUUAACCUGAAUUAGGGUUAUUGGUGUACCAUUCCAAGUAACAAUGGACAAAUGGCCGUUGCCAGAACAUUUUAGUUAAAAUUUAAUGUUCAUUGUGGCAGAUUGUUACAAUGGAUUUUCAGGCUGAGUGGCAUGAAUUAAAUUAUUACAGUAUUUGACCAGAGUGCCCCUUGGCAAGAAGAGCAAAUAAUUGAUUAGUGACAGCUAAAUCAAACCCAGUUGUGUCUACUUUGAGUAUGACAUUUAACCAAUAUUUAAAAACAUUACUUCAAGUAGUGUAGUUAGGUAAUCUUAUGUUCUGGGCUUAAUGGUCUAACAUAGGGUUGAGAGUGGUGUUGAAAACUCCCAUUGUUCUAGGUGCAUUUUGUGACAGGGAAUUUCAUUAGCACGAGCAGUUUCUGAGCUCUGGGGCAGUACUGCGCCUAAGAUUUCAGAUUAAAACUGCAGAGUGGAAGGAAAGGAGGACCUUUUUCUGCCUCCCCACUUCCAGCUACUCUCUGAAUACUGUAGAAGAGACCCUCUUAAGAAUAUUAGGGUGUACGCAGGGGUAGGACUAGACCAUGUGGAAAAUGAGCACAAUAUUUUAGCUGCAGUUCAUUCAUUUUCAGCUUUGUAUUCUUGUUAUAAAAACAGCGCCUAGACAUUCCGUUGUUGCACCCAUAACCUAGUUUUAUAAUCCAUUUAGCUCCUAGCUUUCAUAUCUCAGUUUCUAGCACUGGUUGAGAGAUUUCACUAGAUGCUAAUAUGUAUUAACUUCAAUUUCCUCAAAAUGUGGUAAGCUAGAUCUGCUGUGUUUGGGAACAGCACUGAUCUCAACUGGAUUAAUACUUCCCCAGAGUUACUGCAGUGAGGUUUUGCAGCAUAUUCAGUAUACUGUUAAUCACAGAAUAUUAUUUUUUGUUCUUGCAUUUUUUCUUGCAAUUCAGGGCAAAUAUUAAUAAUUUUUUAACAUUUGGCAACACACAGCUGGUGGAGUUAUCCAAAGCGCAAGAUAUUGAAGCUGGGGAUGGCACUACUUCUGUUGUUGUCAUUGCCGGAGCUCUGCUAGAUGCUUGUUCCAGACUCCUUCAGAAAGGUAGGUUUCACUUUUUAAAAAAUACAUAGCUAAUUUUGGCGUAUGAAAUAAAUGGAGACUCAAAAGGAUAAAUGGAGACUCAAUUGAAAGAGAAAACUGAAGAUAUAAACACCAGUGUAGUCCUAAGUAUAGCAUAUGUGUUUUCUUUUCCCAAAGUAUGUGUACUAGUGGGUCUGUGGGAGGGAAGGGGAAGGUGGUUGUCUAUUUUGGACUUACUAUUUUUGGAUAUAUUGAUAUAUCAUCCAAAGCCAGUUUGAAGUCCAUAUCAUGAUAUCAGUUUCACAGUUUUUGACCUGGCAAUAUAUUGUGAAUCAUUGUGUGUGUGUGUGUGCGCGCGUAGCCGCCAUGUAAAAAUCACAGGGGGAGUGAAGCCAGCCAAUGCUUCUACAUAGCUUCAUCCUUAUUUCUGACAUUAUGAUAUAUCAGUGUAUCAUAAUGUUUAGCUAGUGAUAUAUUGGCAUGUUGAAAAUCAAAUAUUGCCCAGCCCUACUCCUGACAUGAUAUGACUAUUGGAUGUAUCUACAUUUUUGUAUUGGCACUAUUACGUACCUGUGGUAAUUGUAACAUAUCUCCCCCGAAUGGAUUUUUGUGUAUAUGUUCAGUGAUACAAAGUUUUUGGAGGUUAGUAAUAAUAAUGAUGAUGAUAGAUCAGGAUAUGGCGAAAGAAAAUAUUCCAGAAAACUUUAUUAUAAUUUUAUUAGGGUUUUGGUGUUGUUGUUUUUUUUGGAAGGAAUUGGAUCUUAAUCAGAAAAAGAAACAAUCGUUUUUAUGAUGGGCCUAAAGUGUUGUUUCAUGCAUUGUGUUUUCUCUAAAAUAAUGGGAGUGGGAUCCAGCUAAAAUGGAUGAUUAGUGUUUUCUUUUAGUCAAGGCAAUGGAAGGUUUGGAAUUCUAUUGCUAGAGUUCAUUUGUCAACCAGUUUAAUAUUCAGGAUUAAGGGCAAUAAGUGGAUGUGAGCUAUAUUAAUGUGCAAUAUUGCAAAGCAUAUUUUAUAUGCUAAUUCAACUGGAAACUUCACCCCCAGUGACUUGUUUUUAAGUGUCGUUGAAUAAACUGUUUUCUAGGAAUUCAUCCCACAAUCAUCUCUGAGUCAUUCCAGAAGGCAUUGGAUAAAGGUACUGAGAUCUUGACCAGCAUGGGGCAGCCUGUUGAGCUGAGUGACAGAGAAACCCUACUUAACAAUGCAGCUACUGCACUGAACUCAAAGGUGGGUAACUUGUGACAUAUGUGGUUACAGCAUGUCUAGCUUGUGAUUUAAAUAUAAAUUGCAUGCAACUGUAUUAACUAAUAAUUGAGACCAAAGUUUGGACCCUCCUUACAGUAAUAUUAGGAAUGCUUCAAUUAUUUAGAAUUGCCAGACAUUUCUUGAGAGGAAUGUUUUAUGGUGGUGCUCUGAUCCUGCUUGCUAGCAUUUAAAGAGAGGUGGUCUCUCUGCAGGAUCCUUUGAAUGUGUAUGGCAUCACUAUUUACUUGCAAUGUUUCCUUUUAAUAGUGAAAAUUCCAGCUGCACUGGCCAGAAAAGCUUUUGCAACUGCGUAUUCUUUCCCAUUAAAAUUGGGAUUGCUGAGUCAGAGAUUUACUUAGAGAUUCAGAAUGGGAAUUGCAACCUCCAUACUGCUCUCUGAUUCUGUCUUAAAUAAGAAAAGAAAAAUUAAGAAAACAACAUGCCAAUUACUUACUGUUACGAGUCCUACAAAGAAACAAUAUAAACUGUUGAUCUCCGUUUGUUUAAUUUAAUGUAACUGUUAGGUAGAUUGAAAUUCAGAUCUGUUGGUGGAAGUUCUUAUGGAAAUGUGCAAAACCAAUGAAGUAAAAUGUGGGUCUUCACUAAAUCCCUGCAGGUUGUAUCACAGUAUUCUAGUUUGCUUUCUCCAAUGAGUGUGGAAGCUGUGAUGAAGGUGAUAGAUCCAAAUACAGCGAGCAGUGUGGAUCUUAGAGACAUCAAAAUUGUUAAAAAGCUUGGGUAAGUAGUAAUCUCAAAAUACAAAUUCUGUAACCUAUUUAUUUUAAAUUAUUAUUGUGCUAGUUUACUCUUUCAAUAUUUCUUUCUAGAGGAACAAUUGAUGACUGUGAAUUGGUUGAAGGGCUGGUCCUCACCCAGAAAGUGGCCAAUGGUGGUAUAACCAGAGUUGAAAAAGCUAAGAUAGGUCUCAUUCAAUUUUGCUUGUCAGCUCCAAAGACAGAUGUAAGUUGCUUUGUUUAAUUUGUUAUGUCUGCAUCAUUAUGAGCUAUCUUUACACAUUGAUUGCAACUUCUUAAAAAUUCUAAGUAUGCUAACAGUACAUUAUUUUAUUUUACUUUCUGAAUAGAAUUACAUGUCAAAAACUUAAAAUGGGGGUGGACUGACUUGUAUGAUCGGUUGCUUACAUAGAUUUUAUGUGGUCCAACAGCAUAUCAGCUAUUAAGCACUCUUGCUUUUAACAGUCAAAAUCUUUGUUAAGGUUUCCUGUUAAGAAUCAGCAGGAACUAUUGGCCCACUACUGAACUGCCUAUAUCUCUUCAGUUUAAGCCUGAAAAAGAGGUAUUAGCAUAAAAGAAAUAGUCAUUAGUGACAUAUUCUUCUAUAAGCUAAGCUUAAGAGGACAUCUUACUGCUUAACUUGCAACUGAAUGCUUUGAUUGUAGACAGUGAGUUAUAUAUUACUAUACUACAUAUGGAAAUUUUGAUUAAGGGUAGCCAGCAUGCUGGUUCCAACUGCCAUCAGUCCCAGGCAGCAUGACCAAUAGUAAGGAAUUUUGGGAGUUGUACCACAAUGUUUAUCUCUGAUUCAGAUGCUUAGUUAAGCUUUAUUAUGCUUCUUCUCCUGUUAGAUGGAUAACCAAAUUGUUGUUUCUGACUACACUCAAAUGGACAGAGUCUUGCGUGAAGAGAGAGCUUACAUUCUCAAUUUAGUUAAGCAAAUUAAGAAGACAGGAUGCAAUGUGCUGCUCAUUCAGAAAUCUAUUCUGCGGUAUGUUUAUUCCAGUAACGUGCUUGCUGUUGAAGAAUGAAUGAUAUUCGGGAUUAAAAUUGUUCACGGUGUGAUAAAGUUUAAGAGACUUGCUCUGAAACGUAUUUCUUAAACCAGGGGCGGGCAACUGAAUCUGGCCUGUGGACCAGACAUUCAGCCACAUUUGAGGCUCUGACCAACUGUCAGAUUUUACCCACACACGUGGUUGAAUGUUUAGUCCAACCACCUAUUAUGUUAGGUGACGCUAGUCUGCUGCUGAAGCAGCAGUUUGAGUAAAGUGGGAAGUAGAGAGGGAGAGGGCUUGUAGGCCUUUUGGAGAGAUUUAGGAAAAGCUUCAAACCAAUGAUGCACUUCAUGACAUCCAGGUGGGCCCAGGAUAAAUAAUGACAUCUAGUUGGGCCCAGGAUACGUUAAGGUGUGUUCUGAGUCUUGGGAAAUUCUGGGUCUGAUCAGCGUAGCUUGCCCAUCACUAAUAACGCUGCUGUGAUUCUGGUUGAUUUUCUAGCUCAUUCAUUGUGUUGAUUUCAGGGAUGCUCUAAGUGAUCUAGCGCUACAUUUCUUGAACAAAAUGAAGAUAAUGGUGAUUAAAGAUAUUGAAAGAGAAGACAUUGAGUUUAUAUGUAAGGUAAGGAGGAGCUGUUAGCUAGUUCUGCUGUAGGUGAAUAUUUGAUUCAAAAAGUAAUUGAAAUUGGUCAUAAUACUGAUUGGCACAGCUUUGGAAUUUGUUACACACUUUGUAUGUAGGCUGUGGGAGGAAACAAUACGUGAAAGAAUUAGUAGGCUCUAUUAGUCUCACUUCUUCUCAAGGAAAUAGUAAUGUGUCAUCUUGCUUAUAAAGAUGCAGCUGUAAACUGUCUUACUUCAAGCUUAUACAUGAGUGGUCGGAAGUAAGUCCCACCAAAUUUAAUGGGACUUCUUCCUGGGUAAGUAGAUAAAGGAUUGCUGCCUGAGUAAAAAGUAUAGCAUAUUGAACUAUAUCAUACCUUUUUAAUCUAUGGUCCCUGUGUUUAUUUAUUUUUGAAAAGACCAUUGGAACUAAGCCAGUUGCUCAUAUUGAUCAGUUUACUGGAGAUAUGCUGGGAUCUGCUGAACUGGCAGAAGAGGUCAAUUUAAAUGGAUCUGGAAAGCUAGUAAAGGUAAGCAGAACUCCUGUUUAGCUAUUUAGCUUGCUUCUUUAUGACACUUGAGGAAGUAAUUUUCAUUUCAAUUUCAUAAAAUGUAUACAUCGCUUGAUUGUAAAAACCUUAAAACGGUUUACAAAAAGAUAAAACCAUAAAAUCAGUAUUUUUAAAAAUACAAUACAUUAGAACAGGGAGGCCCAACUUUUCAUACUCUAGGUCCCUGUCAGAGCCCUCCUUGCUUACCCAGCUUUGGGAAAGUGGGACGGAGAGGGGGUCAAAUGUUGCUGGGAACCGCCAGAAAUGCCUCGAGGGUGGCAGACGGCCCCUGGGCUCUGUGUUGGACCACCUGCAUUAAAACAUACAAAAAGUUAAAAAACUAAGAUUACAAUUCAUCUCAUUACCAAGCAUUUGGUUAGGCUUGUAUAAACAGGAAUGUCUUUAACAGAGCUCAAAACAAAUACAGUCGUACCUUGGAUCCCGAGCGCCCUGGAACUCUGAUGUUUUGGCUCCUGAACGCUGCAAACACAGAAGUGAUUGUUCCUGUUUGCGAACUUUUUUUGGAACCCAAAUGUCCAACAGGGCUUCUGCGGCUUCCUGCAGCCAAUCAGAAGCUGUGAUUUAGUUUUCGAACGUUUUGGAAGUCGAACGGACUUCCGGAACGGAUUCCAUUCGACUUCCAAG